CAGCCUAACCAGCUCAUUGUCAGAAUGGUGCAAAGUUUAACAUCUUCCGACAGUACAAAACCCUCAAAACUCCUGCUAGAUAUGUACAGAUUUUUUUUAAUGCACAAGUUUCUGGAAUGAUAUUGAAUUGGAGGCAAAAUUGGUGCCCAGUAAAGGUGGCCUUUACUUCUUAAUAUCUAGAGGGUUAAAAUAUAAAUUGUAAGUUCAAAAAUCUUUAUUUACAUGGUUCCCCACAGUCCCCUUAACUCGAGCAAGCUUCAAGUGACGUUUAUUGGAUUUAAUUCAAUACUAAACAUGCUUACAACAUUACGACCAUUCUUUUGCAUUGUGCAAUUAUUCCUCAUCGUAUUUUAAUAAAGAAAGCCGAUAUUUAUUAUUGUUUUGCUGUUCUUAGCCAUUCCUCUGCAUUUAUUCAGACGGAUAGGGGUGAGGCGGGAGGGCGAGUGAGCCGAAGAGCCCGGUUUGUCUGAGAGAGCGGGGCUCCGUGCGGAUCCGCCCGCUUCAGCGCGGAAGUUUGCGAAGAUUCCCGGUCGACCGCCGAUAACCUGGCGUUGCCCGGGGCCGCGGUGAAGAUGUUGGAGGAGGAGGAAGAGGUGGCCGGAGCUGCGCCCAGGAGCGGGGCCCGGGCUGCUGUGGAGCCGGGAGUGGGCGCGGGCCGGGCGCCGGGGUCUGGACUCGGUCAGGCCGCGCCGUCGCCGCUCUGUAACUGGCAGGCGGCCCAGUGCUCGGUGCGGGAACGCUUCGCCUUCCUGUUCAACAACGAGCUGCUGAGCGACGUCCAUUUCGCGGUGGGGAAGGGCCCCGGGGCCCAGCGCCUCCCCGCACACCGCUUCGUGCUCGCCGUCGGCAGUGCCGUCUUCGACGCCAUGUUCAACGGCGGCAUGGCCACCAGCUCGGCUGAGGUGGAGCUGCCCGACGUGGAACCCGCCGCCUUCCUGGCGCUGCUCAGAUUUCUGUACUCAGAUGAAGUGCAAAUUGGUCCUGAGACCGUGAUGACCACUUUGUACACAGCCAAGAAGUAUGCUGUGCCAGCCCUAGAGGCUCACUGCGUGGAAUUUCUCACCAAGCAUCUGAGAGCUGACAAUGCCUUCAUGUUACUCACCCAGGCACGAUUGUUUGAUGAGCCACAGCUUGCUAAUCUCUGUUUGGAUACCAUCGACAGAAACAUCACAGAUGCUAUAACUGCAGAGGGCUUCACUGAUGUAGAUCUGGACACACUGUGUGCAGUGCUGGAGCGAGAUACCCUGAGCAUCCGUGAGAUCCGGCUGUUUGCUGGAGUGGUCCGCUGGGCAGAAGCAGAAUGCCAGAGGCAGCGGCUACCACCUACCCCUAGGAACAAGCAGAAGGUGUUGGGAAAAGCUGUUGGCCUUGUUCGAUUUCCACUCAUGACCAUUGAGGAAUUUGCUGCAGGACCAGCUCAGUCUGGGAUACUAUCAGACCGAGAGGUUGUUAAUCUGUUUCUACACUUCACCUUGAACCCCAAACCACGAGUGGAGUACAUUGACCGACCACGCAGCUGCCUGCGUGGCAAGGAGUGCAGCAUCAACCGCUUUCAGCAGGUGGAAUGUCGCUGGGGCUACAGCGGAACAAGUGACAAGAUCAGAUUUUCAGUGACAAGGAGAGUGUCUAUCAUAGGCUUCGGACUCUAUGGAUCUAUACAUGGGCCAACGGACUACCAGGUCAACGUACAGAUCAUUGAAAAUGAUAAUGCAACAAUAGGCCAGAACGACACAGGAUUUUGCUGCGAUGGAUCGGCGAACACAUUUAGGGUCAUGUUUAAGGAGCCUGUUGAGAUACUGCCAAAUAUCGUUUAUACUGCCUGUGCUACUCUCAAGGGGCCUGAUUCUCAUUAUGGCACCAAGGGACUACGGAAAGUCCUAUAUGAAUCACCCUCUACUGGAAUCAACACCUCCUUUGUCUUCUUCAAUGUACUGGGGAACAACAAUGGAACAUCAGUGGAAGAUGGGCAGAUCCCCGAGAUCAUCUUCUACACGUAGCACGGUUUGGAGCACAGAAGUUCACCUGAGAAGAUCCAUCCAUUUAAUGCUGGGAUUGAUGUUUUCUGUUUCACUGCUACUUACUGAUUUCCUUCCUUAGAGGUGAUGCCCAUCACAGGAGAACAGCAGUGAGAUUAUAGCCAGAGGUAACUUAAUGUGAGCUACUCCUAAAAUUUUUAAUGAAGCAAUGAGGAAAGCAUAUACCCAUGAUGUUUGGCAGCAGAUGUUUAGUGGAAUGUCCUGUGAUAGACCAGAAAGCAUUAUAAUGUUCCCAUUACAAGUAGCAGGGAAUUCAGUGCUAUGAUAUUCUUUGAGAAGAACUUCAGAAUGGAUACUACUUUCUGCCAUUGUUGCAGUUUGUUGUCUUACAAGUUUUUGUUCUUCGUAGGAUUGUAUUCAGACAGUAUUUUCUACUGAUCUAAUUCGUUGGAUCUCUGUUACCCUCUCGCCACUUCACUCUAAGAGCUAAUCACCUACCAGGUACCAGGUGCUGAAGUGCCAGUGGUGCCUACUGACCAUGAUCCACCAAUCCAAGACUCAGGCUGAGCUGUAAAAGAAUCCCAAGUGUCACUGUCUCUUCCACUAUUGCCAGCCUGCUUCACUUAUUGCCCCCUGCCAUGAAAGUGCCCUAAUGUUGUUUAUUGAUCAGGGAUUUAGUGUGCCAAGCUCACAGUGCUCCUAUGGCUGGUCAGUGGAUUAAGGAGUAACAAAUAAGAUAAAACUAAGCCACUGUAAAAGCGUAUUUUUGUAAACUAAAUUAGAGCUGAGAUAUUAAAGGGUCAAAUGUGAAGGAUCUUCACAUUUAUAUUGUGCCAAUCCUUGAAGACUUUUGUUUUGGGGCUUAUGCUCCAUUCUUUCACUUCUAAUUGUUACAGCUUUCUGAUAAAUUAAUUCUUUCACAAUUUAUUUAACAAACACUAUUGAAAAGGAAAACAAAGUGUUUGUGGGAUUUUAAACAUUGUGUUUAAUAUAAAAGAAAUUGACAGGGUAUAGCCUCUGGUGGUACAUUUCAUGUCAAGAGGACACAAUUUUAAAAAUUGGAGUUAGAUUGAUUAGGAGUGAUGUCAGGAAGCACUUUACACAAGGUUAGUGGAAAUCUGUAAUUUUCAACCACAAAAUGACUAAGGAUGCUGGAACCUCACUUAUAAAAUUUACCAACUGUUGCCAGCAGGACCAGCUAUAUCAAAUAUACUAUUCACAUGUUCCAAUACUAAAUAAACUAUCCUAACCUGAAUAAAGUACUAAUCCAGGGCAGCAAAGCACAACCCAACUUGAAUUGAAAUGUUUUUUGAACCGACGCAUAGUUAGGUCCUGUCUGGCUUGGGACCUGCUUUGAGAUUUGAGCACUGUUGUAUUUCAUGCUGUUCCUUGGACACAAUAAUUUGUUAUUCACUAUUGAAUGAUUUAUACUGUGUCAGUAAUAACUAUAAAUUUGUUAUGUGGCUUUA